GGGUUACCAGAGAGUGCAAUUUGCGUUCAAAGAUUCGAUGAUUCACGGAAUUCUGCAAUUCACAUUACUUAUCGCACUUCGCUACGUUCUUCAUCGAUGCGAGAGCCAAGAGAUCCGUUGUUGAAAGUGAUCUUUAUUUAUUACAUACAUAAUAUAAAAUGA